GGAGGGGGCAUGGCUCCACCUUCCCGGCCUCCGAUUGGCCAGCUGGGAUACAGGGCUGGCAAAGGACCUGAUGCUGAUGCUGAUGCUGCGGAGGCUUUUCUCUCCUCCUCUUCCUCCUCCUCCUCCUGCGAUGGAGGCCCUUUUCGGGGAUCCGGGCCGGCAAAGAGAGAAGAGGUCAAGCGCCGGAGGAGGAGGAGAAAAUGUGCAUAGAGUUUGGCCGCAGAUGUAAGAAGAUCCGAGGGACACAUCUCUUUUUCCAGCCACGCCAUGAAGAAGCAGGUGACCCUGAUGGAGGCCCCUCGAGGAGGAGUCGGAGUCGGCGGAGGAGGAAGGGUCAUCACCAAGGAAGCCCAGUACGUGGGAUCCUUUGUGGUGGAAGAGGCCGAACUUCAGCAGAAGGCCCAGGCCAUCCAUGAGCAGCUCCACAAGCUCAAGGACUGUCCCCGGAGGAGGCCGGUGGCCCUCAAGUUCUGCCUGCAGGGAAUCAAGAUGUACAGCGCAGAAAAGGAGGAGGUCCUGCUCAUGGCCCACGCCUUGAGGCGCAUCUUCUUCAGCACUUGCCGCCCGGCCGAUGGCCAGUUCGCCUUUGUCUCCCGGAACCCGCGCAGCUCCCAGCUCUUCUGCCAUGUGUUUGUGGGCAGCCAACCCUGCGAGGUCCAAGCGCUGCACUUGUUACUCUGCCGCUGCUUCCAGUUGUGCUUCCUGCGGCGGCACCCAGAAACCCAGGCCCAGCCCCCCGAUGCCCAAGAGGCUGCCGCCGCCACCGUGGCCCCUGAGGUGGCAGGAGGGGGUCUGCUGGGGUCCCCGGUGCUGUGGGAGACCCUUGACCCGGAGGAGGUCUCCCAGAACGUCAAUGCCCUCGUCUCCUUCCAGAGGCUCCUCCUCAGCCCCGCCGGCCUCGCCUCCUCCAUCAGCGUGAGUGAGCGGCUGGACCUGGAGGGCCAGGGCCGUGGGCGUGUGGGGGCUCCUGGCCCCGGGAACCCCUACUGCUCCCCGAUCCUGGUGCGCAAGAAGGCCAUCCGCAGCAAGAUCCUGCGCUCCGGCGCCUACCGCGGCUGCACCUUCGAUGUCCCCUUCCAGCCCUGUGCUCAGGAGACCCUUCACCCCACCAGUCGAGACAACAAGGGGAGCAACAGCGCCACUGCACUUAGUUUGCCGGAAGACGAGAGCUCCCUGAUGGAGGACGUCUGGUCCUUCGCCGGCAUCGAUAGGGAGGCCGGGAUGGCGCUGCUCCGGAGGGACGUCCUGGGCGCCUUCCUCCUCUGGGCCGAGCCAGGCUCCUCCGACCAGUGGCGCCUCUCGGUGCGCACGCGCUGCGGGGUCAUCCCUUACCAGAUGUAUCGGAGCCAGGUCGGGUCCUUCUCGGUGGAGCACCUGAACGCAGCCUUCCCCAGCAUGGAGGCCCUGCUGGAGCACUACGCCGGCACUCAGGGUGGCCUCUUCUGCUCCUUGGAGUCUGGACGGGUCAACCACUGCUUCCAAGAAGAGGAAGAGGAGGAAGAGGAGGCGGUGGUCAUCCCGAGGGGGGUCCGGGGACGGCGCAAGGCCUCCUGGCUGCAGGCGGGCAGCAAGUCCCUGGCCGUGGGCCUAUAGGAGAAGCAGAAGGGAAUCAUAAUAAUCUAUUUUCAAUAGACUCAACCUUCCCCGUGGGACUCCUCAGGCCGCAGCAAAUGGCUGCCUCUUCCUGGUGUGUCAACUGUGAAUCGCCCCUCAAACCCUUUCCUGUUCUUCUAGAAAUUCAGGGAUUUGCCAAGAUGUCUAUACUUCAAAGAGAACCCCAAAGAGAGAUGGAAGCUUGGCUACUACCAUCGUGAUCUUUUGUUGGCCUUUCCCUUUGCUGCUAUUCAACCAUCUAUAUUUAUGCCCGUAUGAAUAGAGAAAUAUAUCAUUAUAUUAUAUUAUAUUUUUAUCGUUGGGAAGCGAAUUCUAUGGGAGAGGCCAAAUGGGGAAAGGAUAAUAAUAAUAUUAUUGUUAAUUAUUAUUUGCAUUGUGUCAAUAAGAUUAUUAUUAUUUGCAUUAUGUCAAUAAAUUAUUAUUAUUUG